AUGAGUUACAAUUCGAGUGGGGGCAAGGGGUUCGGGUUUUCCGGCUUCACGAUGCCAAAACGGAACCCAUCGAACGUUUCACUGCACGCUGUUCCUCCGCCUCCUUCCCAAAUGAAUGCUGUCCCACCUCCGAAUCCUGGCUUAUCGAAGCAGGGUUAUUCCACUAUGAAUGCGAUAACACAGAACGCCAUCGGUGGUAAUUGGGGCACACUUGGAAAAAAGCGAGCUAAGACUGAAGAUGAGUAUUUUGAUGAAGAUGAUGAGCCACCAACCCCAGCUCUAGCUUACAUACCGGCACCAGGGAGCCCCACUAAUGAAGCCAACAGCUCUAGGGCAGAUGAAGAAGAGGAGGAUCCCUUAGAUGCGUACAUGGCUGGUCUGGAGCAACAGGCGGCUAAAGAUAUGAAGGUUAGCAAAGAAAAUGCUGUGAGUGGAAAAGGUGAUGCAGGCAGAGGGACGAGGGGAGAUAUUGAUGAAAUGGAUGAUGAGGAAAGUUACUAUAAAUACAUGGAAGAAAAUCCACUUCAAACAGCCGAUGAUGGUUCAGAUGUUGAAAUAGAGUAUGAUGAGGAUGGAAAUCCAAUCGCUCCUCCCAAGAAAAAGUUUAUAGACCCCCUACCACCAAUAGACCAUUCAGAGAUUCAGUAUGAACCAUUUGAAAAGAACUUCUAUACACCACACGAAGAUAUAGAGAAACUAGAGCAGCAUCAGGUGGAAGAAUUGAAGAAAAAUUUGGGGGUCAAGAUUUCCGGACCAGAUCCUCCAAAACCCGUGAGUAGUUUCGCUCAUUUGGGUUUUGAUGAACAGCUGAUGAAGGCUAUCCGUAAGUCGGAGUACACUCAGCCAACACCGGUCCAGGCGGCGGGAAUACCUGCGGCUCUAUCAGGAAGAGAUCUCAUAGGUAUUGCCCGCACUGGUUCUGGUAAAACAGCAGCCUUCCUCUGGCCGCUGCUGGUCCACAUCAUGGACCAGAGAGAGCUGGCUCCGGGGGACGGGCCCAUAGGACUCAUACUAGCUCCUACUAGGGAGUUGGCACAACAAAUAUACAUGGAGGCUAAGAAGUUUGGCAAAGUGUACAACAUCAGAUGUGUUUGUUGUUACGGAGGUGGAUCUAAAUGGGAGCAGAGCAAGGCUUUGGAAGGUGGCGCGGAGAUAGUGGUGGGUACUCCAGGGCGCGUCAUCGACUUGGUGAAGUGUAAGGCUACCAACCUACAGCGCGUCACGUACCUCGUAUUGGAUGAAGCUGAUCGGAUGUUCGACAUGGGGUUUGAGCCGCAGGUCCGUUCCAUCUGUAGUCACGUCCGCCCGGAGCGCCAAGCCCUGUUGUUCUCGGCGACCUUCCCUCGUCGUGUGGAGCGCCUCGCGAGAGACGCUCUGCACGACCCCGUGCGGGUACAACAUGGCGCCGCUGGAGAAGCCUCCAAGCUGGUCAAACAACGAGUCACUAUCUUCAAUAAACCGGAGGAGAAGUGGCCCUGGCUGUUGGAGAAUUUAGUCGAUUUCCUUUCGUCGGGGAGCGUGUUAAUAUUUGUUACGAAGAAGUUGGAAGCGGAACAGACGGCAGCCAACCUGGGCGUGCAGCAGUACGACGCGCUGCUGCUGCACGGAGACAUGGAGCAGGCCGACCGGAACAAGGUCAUCACCGCCUUCAAGAGGCAGGAGACCAACAUACUAGUGGCCACUGAUGUAGCGGCUCGUGGUUUGGACAUCCCACACAUCCGUACAGUGGUGAACUACACAGUGGCGCGUGACAUAGACACACAUACACACAGAGUGGGGCGGACGGGACGGGCCGGCGUCCCGGGGACCGCGCACACGCUGCUGUCACGGGACAGGGACAAGGACUUCGCGGGACAUCUGCUGAGGAACCUGGAGGGAGUUCAGCAGGAGGUGCCGGAGGAAUUAAUGCAGCUAGCGAUGCAGUCAGCGUGGUUCAGAAAGUCAAGAUUCAAGAAGGGCAAGGGCAAGAACCUCAACGUGGGAGGCUGCGGGCUCGGUUACAAAGAGCGUCCCGGUCUUCCCACAUACAACGACGACGUGUCUCUAACAGCGACUGUGGAGAAGACGGUUGAGAAGACAGGCGGCCCCGCCACUGAUAGACUGGCGUCACUCAAACAAGCCUUCCGCUCACAGUACAACCAGUUCACAGCGUCGUCAGAUCACUCGUGGGAACAAACCCGGCCCGUGCUUCAGCCCGGUGUGAACGCGCCCGCGAACACAAACACAGAUAAAACAGAAAGAAUACGCAAGAGCGGCAAAAAAAGCCGCUGGGAAUAG